AUGGCCUCCAUCUUCCAAGCCAAAAAGACGGCGUUAAUCACCGGUGCAGCGUCCGGAGUAGGAUUCGCCAUCGCGAAGCUCUGCCGCAGCAAGGGCAUGCACCUGGCCCUAAUGGACAUUGAUCAGACGAAUCUGGUCAAGGCAAAGACCAUGCUCCACGAUCUCAACCCCGGCCUUCUGACAGAGGCAUACGUGAUUGACGUCGCAGAUAGCGAAAUCUGGAAGGCGACGGCGCAGCAGAUCGCCAAGCUCUUUCCAUCAAUCGAUCUCGUCGUCCUGAAUGCAGGCAAAGGGUACAAGGCGCAAAAUCAGGGGAAGGAUAAAUUGAGUCCCUGGGUAGAUGGCGAAUACUGGCAAAAGACCUUUGACACCAAUGUUCGCGGCCCACUGAACGGUCUCGCGGCAUUACUGCCUCUACUUCGCACCGCUGAAACGACCUCUCCCAAAGCCAUCGUAAUCACCGGCUCCAAACAGGGCAUCACCAACCCUCCCGGGGCGGGUAAUCCGGCUUACAACGCUUCCAAGGCGGCCAUCAAAAGUCUCACCGAGCAUCUUGCCCACGAUCUUCGCUCAGAUCCAGUCACAUCUCACAUCACUGCCCAUCUCUUGAUUCCCGGCUGGACCUGGACAGGCUUGAUGGGCAACGUGGGACCCACGGACGAGAAAGACGUGCAGAAACCAGCCGGGGCGUGGUACCCCAGUCAAGUCGCCGACGAGCUCUUCCGAGGUUUGGAGAGCGGCGCCUUCUACAUCAUCUGCCCGGACGGUGAGACGAGUCGCGCCCAGGAUCAGGCGCGAAUGAAAUGGGCCUGUGAGGAUGUGAUUGAGGGACGGUCGGCUCUGUCCCGAUGGGACGAGAGGUGGAAAGCUCAGGCGGCAGAGUCUAUUGAGGCCGAUGCCAAGGCGCGAGGGUCUUUGUAG